CUUACAAUGCUGGACCUUUUUGUCAUCUUCUCAAAAGGUGGGAUCGUUUUCUGGUGCUUUCAAGGCGCUAAUCUGGCCAUCGCACAGCCGGUCAACGCGUUGAUCAAAAGCGUCAUUCUUCAGGAGCGCGGUGGCGGCAAUGGCUUUAACCACGAAUCUCUCAAACUCCAACACAAGCUGGACAACGAAUUUGAGCUUGUCUUUGUGGUUGGUUGUCAGAACAUUCUACAAUUGAGUUACAUUGACCGUCUCUUAGACGACAUGCAGAGGGCGUUUCGGGAGCGUUUUAGGGCCGCCCUGGAGAACGGCACAUACAAUCAUAGCUUUGAUUUUGAUGACGACUUUCGUGUUUUGCUUAAACGGUGCGAGGACGAAGAGAGAGAACGAGUGACACAGAAGAAAGUGAUGCGAACGUUUGAACAGUCAAUCAAAUAUACAAAAUCUAAAGAAGGUGCGAAGAUAGAUCCUCUUGUGAACAAACAACCAGUGAAAGUCGAAGAAUUAAAAGUUGAGAAUGAGAUGCUUUCUGAUGAUGAUGAUCGGAAGCUGAAGAAGUUGGCUAAACUGACUAAGCGGGGUAAAGGGCCGGGCCCUAGGGGAAGAGGGACACAAAGUAAAACAAAGAAACAAGAAGCAACAAAACCAGCUAGCACUGAGAAAAAGGGUAAAGUAGCUCGUGUAUGGGACAAUGCUGGAACAGCCAGUGAGGCUGGAAGUCUUGAUUUCUCCAAUACUGAUCAAUUAAAUGGAGAAACACACGAGAAAGCAAGCAGCAGCGCCGGAAAUGAUGUAAAUAAAAUGGUGGGAAGCAUGAAGGGUGAGCUGCAGUCUGUAGGAGAAGUGGAAUCUGAAGAAGAAGAAGAAGAGGAGGAGGAGGAGGAGGAGGAGGAGGAAGUUGAAGUCGAGUUAGCAAGCCAAACAAAAAGUGGUGCCAAGCAAUCAGGAAAAAGCAUUACAGGUGGACUAUUUUCCUUCUUCAAAGGCCUUGCGGGUGGCAAGACACUCACCAAGCAAGACGUCUCUCCAAUCUUGGAGAAAAUGAAGGAACAUCUGAUUGCAAAAAAUGUUGCUACUGACAUUGCUGAUCAGCUGUGUGGUUCAGUUGCUACUAAACUGGAAGGAAGAGUGUUGGGGACGUUCAGUGGUGUCACAUCGACUGUCAGCCAGUCUCUCAUGAAGAUUCUCUUGCCACGCCGUCGAGUUGACAUUCUCAGAGACGUGAUGGAGUCGAAAAAGAAAGCCAAACCGUACGUCAUCACGUUCUGCGGAGUCAACGGAGUCAGGAAAUCAACAAACCUGGCAAAGGUUUGUUUUUGGCUUCUUGAUAACGGUUAUCGUGUCCUUGUGUCUGCAUGUGACACGUUCCGAGCCGGAGCUGUCGAGCAGCUCCGCACUCACCAUCGCUCACUCGCUGCCAUUCGCAGACCUGACAAUGAGACAAAUCCUCCUCGUGUGAUGCUGUACGAGAAAGGCCAUGGGAAGGAUGCGGCGUCGAUUGCUAUGGAUUCGAUACGAUAUGCACGAGAUGCCGGAUUUGAUGUUGUGCUGAUUGAUACAGCAGGCAGGAUGCAGGACAACGAACCGUUGAUGAGAGCAUUGGCAAAGGAUGGUAGGAGACCCUACCAACUGACUGAUGGUGGACUGAGAAGACGACAGAGGAAAGCAAUAGAUGAACAGAAGUAUGCUGUUCUGUAUGCCGAGGGCACAGUGAGACCAGAAAUCAUGAAAUUGUGUUUCAUUGGUAAAGAAGGAGCAGGAAAGACGACACUCAUGAAGGCUCUCAAACGAGGAUUGUUGAAGUGGAUUUUUGCAAACGAAAAUCAAGCAGAUGACCCAAAAUGUGAAGAGGAACGCACGAUUGGUAUCAACGUGAUGACAGUCGAUAUUCCAGGAGUGGGUCGCGUGUCAGUGUGGGACUUUGCAGGUCAAGGGCAGUUCCACAAAACACACGGCCUUUUCUUUCCCUCCAACUCGUUCUUCAUCCUGCUAGUGAGUCUAGUGAGAGGAGAGGAGAGACGACUGUGCAGUGUUGAGGAGUUGCUAGAAGAGCUUCAGUAUUGGCUCUCAUUUCUCAGAGCCAGUUUGGUUGCAGAGUUUAUACCCACAGUGUUGAUAGGUGGCAGUCACAUAGAUUACUGUCCAGGGCGUGAGGGUGUCUUGCAGCGUGUGGUCGACGACAUGCGUGAGCUGUUCAAAGGCAAGAUCAACAUCAUUGAAGUUUGUUUUGUUCUCGACUGCAGGAGGAGCAGGUCACCUGAAAUGAAACAACUAAAGAAAGUUCUCUGUGAUGUGAAGCAGCAGUUGCAGCAGUCUGCUCCUCUGUAUCCUCGUCUUUGUCAGCCAGUCGUGUCCAAGUUGCUUCCUUCUCUUCGUAAGAAACAAGAAGAUCCGUUCAUGGAGAAGGCAACACUCAUGGAGAGGAUCGAGCAGGAAGCAUGUCCAGGACAAGAGAAGAAGGUUGUAGAGAAGGUAGUUGAUUUUUUAGAUGAUUCAGGAGAGAUUGCUGUUGCGGGUGAUGUGGCAGCUCUCAAUCCUGCAUCUCUACAUCAUUAUGCCAUCGGUCCUCUCAUUGCUUCUGAGGAUUUUAAGUGGCACGUCAGGUCAAAGAGGAAGGAUGGCACAGUAACAAGACAAGAAGCAGAAACGGCAAUCAAUCAUUUCCAAAGAGAUAAGAAGAAUCAAGUUCAACUCAACACAGAUAAAGUUCUCGCUAUCAAUGAAUCUCUUGAUAUCUGCUUCAAAGUGGAAGGCAGAGACGACACGUACAUGUUUCCAGCUCUCUUGCUUCCUGAGGAUAUGUCUGUCAUGUGGAAGAGAGACGAGAGUAAGAAAGUGUAUGUCGGUCGACGUCAAGUGUGCAGCAGUCAGACGACCAUCUUCAGUCCAUCUGCAUUUGUCAUGUUUCAAUCUAAAGUUUGCACUACAUUAGAUAAGAAAGCACAGCUGUGGAGGAAUGGAAUGAUCCUAUCACAAGGUGAUGAAGCUGAAUUUCAUGUCGAGUGUUUGGUUGCCAUGGUAAAUCCUGUUCGUUCUGUCGACUUUGUAUGUCGUGGAGGUAAGGCAACAGAAGCGAAAUGUGUUUCCCUGCUCGACACUGUCAUGUCUCUUUGGAGAGAUGCGUUAGACAGAUACAGUCCAGGCACUGAAUAUAAGACUGGAUAUCUGAGCAGAAAGCAUUUAGAGGAACACAAAGAACUGAGACAAGUUGCUGUUUACUCAGAGGAGGAAAUCAAGGAAGCAAAGGCAACUGGAAAAGGAGCAAAAGCUGCUGUAAAACAAGUAGUUGGUCUUGAGAGCGUCGUAGAAAGUCUUGGUGACUUGGUGGUUGUCGAAAGUGAGACAGUACUUGUGACAUUGAGUGCUGUUGCAAAGGCUGUAAUAUCUGAGGGUUCAUCUCAAUGGUAUUCAUUCGGUACAACACUAGGGUUCAGCAAAGAUGGUAUUGAUGCCUUGUGUCAUGACAAAGUAACUCCUGAGGAUAAAUUGUUAGCAAUUAUUAUCCAAGUGAAGGCAAAACAAGUUGACCCUGUGAAGACUGAUCAUAUGCUCUUGGAGGCAUGUCAACAUUUGCCAAAUCCUAUUGAUGGUGUGGUCAAGGAAAAACUUGGACUUUAGUGAUGACAAUUUAUAUAAAGGAUUCAUUGAUAAACAGAGCAUUGUAUCACAUGUAUGACAAGUUUGUUAUGAUCAGAAUGACAUGCAUGUUUGACCAUACAGUAGUAGUGAUAAAUGGUAUUUGUGAUUAUUGUAUGGUGACAAUGUCAGUUUCUGUAUGUAUAGCAAGUAAUCUGUGCUGUACAGUAAUAUUUAGAGGGCACAAAAUAUUUGA